GUUUUGGGAAGGCAGUCUUUACGUACGUGAUGUGACAUAAUGGUAUCGAUUCAAAAGCUCAUAAAAAUAGCAAGUUUGGGAGGAUUUAUAACAGCAAGUACAGGUUAUAUUCUCUAUUAUCGCAUACAAUAUAAUAUUAAAAAAAGUGAGACUCAUAAAGAUGUUAUGAAUACCCUACGUGCACAUAAGAAAGCUAUACCAUAUCUUGGAGAACCUAUAUCGUUGGGCCGCAUCACUUACGGUGAUGGAUGUCGAACGCUUGAACAUGAAGAUCCAAAAAUUACACAAAAUUACAAAUGGUUCAAAGUUCCACUUACAGGUACCAAUACUAAGGGAAAGUUAUAUUAUGAAGUAACAUGGAAUCGUAAACUUGAAAACACACUUGAAGCAUCUAAAAUUGAAAUUACAUUUGAUAAUAUACCUGGAAAGACAUUUAUAAUAAGACAAUGUGAAAUAAAUUAAAAUUAUAACAAACUUGUAUC